AUGAACGAUCACCUACGACGAAGGCAUCCAUCAUCACAUAGUGUGGAGGAGACUUCUUCGGCGAUAGUCGAACGAGCACCUGCUGUAAGUGACUUAGAUAUGCCAAGCUGUUCUUCAACGCAAAGAGAUGUGAACUUAACAGUGGAAACUAUUGAAAGUGAGAUAAGUAGUGGUUCUUUGGUACCUCCUGUGAACGUAGAAACUACAAGUUCUUCAACAAUACCCAGUAGCAAUGUUUCAGGUGGUGGACCAUUAAAAAGAAAGGCAAUGCAAACAAAAUUAUUUGUUACAAGCACGCGAUCUGAGCUUUCGGAAACUGAAAAGAGAAGUAUAGAUGAGUCUCUUAUUAAAAUGAUUACAAGAGAUAUGCAACCACUCUCUAUUGUUGAAAAUGAAGGAUUUCGAGAAUAUACAAAAAAGCUUCAGCCUUUGUAUUCAAUCCCAGACAGAAAACUUCUUUCCAACACAAUGUUGCCUUCAAAAUAUAACGAGACACGGAAAAAGCUUCAUGCCAUUUUGCUAAAUAUUUCACACCUUUCUAUAACAACAGAUAUGUGGACUACUGACAGCCAGAAGUCUUUUUUGUCUGUAACUAGUCAUUUCAUUUGGGAAAGCAAAAUGAACUCAGCAGUCCUGGCAACUAAAGAAGUGUUCGGCUCACAUACUGCUCAAAAUAUAGCCACAGAAUUAAAAAGCAUUUUUGACGAGUGGUCAAUUUUUAACAAAAUAGUGACGAUAGUGAGUGAUAACGGUGCAAAUAUUAAAAAAGCGAUAAGGGAUAUACUGCAAAAACACCACCACCCAUGUGUCGCUCACACCCUAAAUUUAUGCGUUGUGGAUGCUAUAAAGACUGCUCCUCAGAUUUUAGAGCUUAUAACGAAAUGCAGAGCUAUAGUAACAUAUUUCCAUCAUAGCUCUCAAGCAGCAGAAAAACUUAAAAAUAUGCAAAAGCAAAUGGGAGUAGCUGAACUUAAGAUGAAGCAAGACGUUGCUACUAGAUGGAACUCUGGCCUUAUAAUGAUGGAACGUAUAUGCUUGAUAAAAGAACCGCUCUCUGCUGUACUAACUUCCUUACCAAGUGCACCGAACUUUCUGAAUGCAUCAGAAUGGGAAAGGUUACGUGAUUCCAUCACUGUAUUGAAGCCGAUAGAGCAUAUGACAACAGAACUUUCAGCACAAAACUACCCAACGAUGUCACUAGUGGUGCCUAUAGUCAGAGGACUGCAAUAUGCAAUAAGAUCCCAGCAAAUGAAAACUAUGGAGGGAGAAUGCUUGAAAAGUAGUUUGUUGGAAAUAAUUUCGAGACGACUUGGCCAACUAGAGUCUGACAAGAUGUGUGCCAAAUCGACCUUCUUAGACCCACGGUUUAAAAAGAUUGCCUUUGGAAAUGAAAGUAAUGCUAGUAAUGCUCAAAAAUGGUUGGGAGAAGAGGUAUCAGCAUUCAUACAGCGGAACCAAAGAACUGCUACAGCCCCAGUAAUAGAAUUACCCACGGAUAAAAGUAAAUUAUCUCUUUGGACUCUACUUGACCAAAAAGUAGCGGAAGCAAAAACUAUUUGUCGCAACGCCCCUAGUGUUAAUGCAGAUAUUUCUUUGGAACAAUAUCUUAGACAAGAUUUCGUUGAGAGACAUCAAAACCCUUUAAACUAUUGGGACAGCAAAAAGGCAACUUUUCCAGAACUCUACGAGCUUUCCAAAAAAUAUUUAUGUAUACCUGCUACUUCAGUUCCUUCCGAAAGGGUUUUUUCUAAAGCUGGGCAAAUAAUAAAUGAUAGAAGAAAUAGACUUAAAGGUGAAAAGCUAGAUCAAAUACUAUUUUUAAAUAGCAAUUUUAAUAUAUAAUUAAUAUUUUUUUGCGUUCUUGUGAUAUUUAUAUUUAUAUUUAUUUUAUAUGAUAUUGAAUAUCUUUUCUGUGCUUUACUAUUUUUAUGUUUUAUUAAAAUAUUGAAUUAAAUUAAACCUUUGUAUUGGUUUAAUUAAAAAUGAAUAAAAUUCCAGUACUUUUUUGUUGUUUGAAGAGCACGCCUUUGCUUAGUUAUUGAAUUUGAUUAAAUAAAUGAAUGAAUGAAUGAACGAAAAAAUUCAUUCGAUAGUCAAAAUCAUUCAGUCAUUAACAAUCGAUAGUUGAAAUCACUCGAUAGUUCCCAA